GUAGAAAAGAGGCUGGCGUCAUCUGGCGAGAAGGACACGCGACUGAGUCGCGGAUCGGCGAGGAAAUCCCGAUUGACGGAGAGUUUCUUCGAUGCGAAGGAGCGGCUGGAAGAUGCUCGUGAAGCGAGUCAUGCGUCGCCAAUAACGACGCAACGAAGUCGACCACGAGCUUAUCUGAAACCGGCUCUGGAUCCAGAAAACACUGUGAUCGUAUUCCCUAGUGAAGAUUUGAUUCCUAUGGGUAUAGAGGUAACGGGUGUACAAGAUGAUCCGGCGUCGACAAGUGGACGCCUUUCUGCCGUUCAAAUCUUACGAAUUGAACCUGAUGGUCGGGUUGGGAUGGAUGGUCGGUUAGCCGUUGGUGACAAUAUUGUUGAAAUAGACUAUCGACCGGUUUAUCAGAUGUCGAUUGUCCGUGCCAGAGCCUAUCUAAGCGAACUGCAGUCACGUGCCGAGCCGUCGUUAACGGUCGCUCGACCGCCUUCCUCGUUUGCAGAUGAUCCGUUCUCGAGAAGCCAGCCUGGGACGUCAUCGCUGCAAAAUCGACCGAUCUUGUCAGCACUUCAGCAAGCGAACACUGUUCAUAUUGGUCAUACGAAGGUGGUUGAACUGCAGAAAACGCCAGCUGGUUUUGGUUUCACUGUAACCGGAAGAGAGACCGCCAAAGGCGAACGACUGUUCUAUAUAGGAACGGUGAAACCGAAUGGGGUGGCUCUGGGACAUUUACGAGCUGGUGAUCGACUUUUAGAGCUGAAUGGUGAGCCCACGGCCGACCUCACCCAAGCGGAGGUGGUGGAACGGUUGAAAAAGGCUGCUGUAGGAGAUACGGUAUCUUUCUUGGUUUCAAGAGUCGUCGAAGACGAGGAUGAGAAAAAGAGCAACUCAAGCGAACGGGAAAAUCGCCCUCCCACCAGUGGGAUCGGUGGCCAACCUUCGACAUCAUCGACACUGCCUAAGACGGCCUCGUCUGUGGAAGAAUUAGAGCUGAUCAUUCCGCUUAAUGACACUGGAAGUGCCGGUUUAGGAGUCCUACAUGGCGGUGCAGCUCAUAAAGAUGGCCGUCUCCGAGUGAAUGAUAGGAUAGUAGGAAUAGAAGAGCUCCGAUUAGAGGGCGAAACGAACGCCACUGCCAGUGAAGCAGUUUCGAGACGUUUGAAGGCGAUAGGUCCGACGGCGAAAUAUGUGCGGUUACGGAUUCAACGAGCAAAGGACCCUCCAGUUCAAAGCGCAUCACGGUCUUCCGUAGAGAGCGUGUCUGGAGUUGCAACUCGAACGUCUGUGAUGGGCACAGAGUCGAGUUCUUCUGAGGACAAACUUUCACCUGUUGAAGGAAUGGAUGCUGAUUCUGGAAGUAAACUUGAUGAGUCCGAAUUGCCGAGCGUCUCGGAUCCGUUCAGUCGAGAAGCGCCGUCAAGGAAGAGUAUGAGUGAAAAGCGUGGUAUGGGUGCGGCUAGUGAUCCACACCACAUCAAGCUUUUCCAGGAUAUCAAACAUCAACGGCAGACAAGC